AUGGCAACAGGUGACGAUCAUAUUAACUGUGAUAAUGAAUCGAUGGAUGAUGAGAUAAAUAUGACACGAAGAGAGAGCGACAGAAUGUUAAAUCGAAAUCUGUUUGACUUGACUGAAAUUGAUGUUGAGUCAGAGACUGUAGAUUUAACUCAAUGCCGCAUAGAUGCUAUUCCGGAUCUUUCAAGAUUCAUCCAGUUAAAGGAAGUUUGUCUUCGACAUAACCUGUUAGUUUCACUCAGUGAUCAGCUUGCAAUCCCAACUCUUACUCAGCUCGAUUUAAACGACAAUCAGAUUGAGGUUAUUUCAAAUCUCGAUGUACUGGUCAAUCUUGAGGUUCUUGAUUUAAGCUACAAUCGUAUUAGAAAAAUUGAAGGUUUAUCUGCAUUGUGUAACUUGAAACGUAUCUAUUUGGUGCACAAUAAAAUUGCGAAAAUUGAUGGUUUGGAAUCACUUACGAAGCUUGAAGUGCUUGAGCUUGGUGAUAAUCGAAUCAAGAAAUUAGAGAACAUUGGACAUUUGCGAAAUCUUCGUGAGCUGUAUAUUGGUAAGAAUAAAAUCCCGAAAUUUGAAAACUUAGAAAGCUUGGUCAAACUUACUGUGCUGAGUGCUCCGGCAAAUCGUUUAAUUGACUUAAGCGGUAUUUCGAUGCUGAGUGAACUUACUGAACUACAUAUUAGUGACCAAGGAAUUGAAUCUUUGUCCGAAUUGACGUUUCAGAAAAAGCUGACAAUAAUUGAUGCAGCCAACAACAAGAUAACUAAAUUGGAUGGUCUUACUCACUUAGAGCAGUUGGAAGAUCUAUGGUUGAACGACAAUGAAAUAUCAGAUUGGAACGAGUUAUUAAAGCUUUCCAAGUUGUCCGCUUUAAGGACGGUCUACCUGGAAAGAAACCCCAUCUAUAAUGCGGACCGGAGUAGUUACCGGAGGAAGGCAAUGUUAUGCCUACCCCAAGUGACGCAAAUUGAUGCCACUUUAUGUCGUUGA